CAUUUUAGAACAUCCGGUUGAGUUUCGUAGAUUUCCGGUUUGUGAAUGAAAGUUACCAGAAAUAGACGUAAGGAAACUUCCACUUAUGUUAAGUACAUUAAUGAUGACAGAGAAUGCGAACUGAUGUGAAAUUAUUUUGUCUGCAUGAUGUAUUCUGGAAACAUGUCGGAUUCGGAUCGUCAAGACAGAGGGACAAUGCCUCAGAGGGGAAAAGUGGCAAAAGUUCGCCAAGAAUUCAUGGUUCACGAGGAUGGAGCGAUGGCGUACCAGGAACAGAAUGAAGAAUUUGAGAGACACUAUGGCCUGAAUAGAUUCAACAGGAGAACCGUGCGGGAGGAUAUUCCCGUGGCCCGUGUGGUACAGACGGAGGAGGAAUGUAGACAACAAGAGCAACGCUACCAGGAGUUACAGGCCCUGAAUAUGCAAGCUGAAGAAGAUGCAGAAAUAGCCAGAAGAAUAGAACAAGAUCUGAUGGGGGAGGAGGCAGCUCAGAAGAGGCAGAGGGAACAACAGGAUGAGGAAAUGGCAAGAAAAGCUUUUGAAAAAGAACAACAAAGGUAUGAGAAAUACAUGGAAAAGAAGAGGAUUAAGGAACUGAAGAGGGAGAGGGAGAUCUUGGAGCAGCAGCUUCAGCACAGUUCAGAGGUCGCGGGGCUGGUGGCCAGGUCCCUACCCCCAGAUGUGGUGGGUGCUAAUGAAGCUAUGAGAGAAGUCAGGCUGAAUAAUGGAGCAGUGGACAGACAAACUCAGAACUACCAACAUUCUAGAGUGACACAUACAGGAAGGAUUGAAGAUGACGGUGAUUUUUCUGACUUUUAUCCCCAUCUACCAGAACAUGUGGACGAGAACCAGAGAAGAUUUAUACAGGAAACAGCUGAUGAGGAAUUGGCUCGAUUAUUACAAGAGCAGGAACACAAGCGAAGUAAAGCUGAAGUGGAUCGCAAUAAACUAAGAGAGAUAGAAGAACAAGAUGAAAGACUUGCUAAGAUCAUUCAAGAACAGGAAAAAAUUAAACUAAAGAAAGCCAAACAGAAAAAGAAAAAAGAACAGGAAGAAAAAAACAAACAACAGCAGGUUACAAACCCAGCAACACGACCACUUCCUGAUUUACCAGGUCAAAGGUCAGAUAUUCCAGUUCAAAGGUCACAUGACCACCACAGGCUUCGGAGAGACAGUUUCCUUCAGUCCCUGAACAAUGGACCAGCGGAUAACUCGGGAAGUCAGAGAAGUCCAGAAAAUCACAAUUCCAGUGCACAUUCCUCCCAAUCCCAUGGUGCUUACAAUUCCUCCCAAAGAUCUAACAUUUCCCAAAGAGCUCCGAGAAUGGACCAAAGACUGCCCUCUCGAGGCGAUAGCUCGGCCAGUAGUGUCCAGAACGUAGAGAGAUGGCUGGAGAACUCGGUGAUGGAAUCUCAGGGUCCCCCACCCCGAGGGAGGAUACACUCCAACAGGUCCGACCUGAGUGACCACGUCCCCUCCCUCUCCCCACCUGGUAGUUACCAUAGUGAUGAGGAAAUACCUUACAGACCACCACCACAACAGUCGAGGGUCUCGUCGCGACCCCCAGAAGAAAAUCACUAUGCAGUCAGCAACCCUAUGCCGUUCAACAUAGCAGCAGCCAUUGACCCUACCUACCAUCGCCGAGCGCAUGAAUUCCAACAAGAUGAGACGGAGGCUAAAGUCCCAGUAACCCUGGCCAGUUCCCUGCCCGUCAGAGAAACAGAACUAGAAUGGGACCCCUCUCUCCGCGGAAGCCUUAGGCGACCAAAAGGAACGUGGAAUCAAAUGGCCUUUCAGAGAGGAUUUAUUGGGGAUACUGGGGUAUCAAGAGAUGACAACUUUUCACAAGAAGGAUCAGUUAUAUCGCCAUGGCAACCUGUUCAAGGUCAGAAAAGGUCGACUUUAGAUAAACAGAAGAGGGCAUCUACCGGUAAUGCUAAACACGACAAAGUGAAGGGAAACUGCAAGCAGCAGUGAAACGUAUGUUUACCAAGAACUGAUUUUGAAGCAAUAUUGGGACCAAACAGUCAGCCAGAAUUGAAUAUAACAGAGAGAAGAAAUGACUGUAACAACAUAGCUACAAAAUAUGAUUUUCACUAAGUAAUAUAUCUCUUUGUGAUGUUCCACUUACAUCUUGGCAGUUCUCAGUUUUACAUUUUGAAGUUUUUCUGAUCAUGUUCAAAGCUUUAAAGACCAUUUUCCAUUUAUUUUUUAAAAAGAAUAAUGAAUUUCUAUUUCACAUUACAUGUUAUAUUUAUCAUGAAGAGGCGAUUAUUUCAAGUAUUGAUUUCAGAAUAUAUAAAGGACUGUACAUGUAUUUAAAAAAUUUAAUUUUAGGGCAACAUAUUCAGUCAUUUCAAAAAGUUGAAAAGACUCGAAAGUUAAAAUUUUGUGUAGAAAUUAGAAGUUCGAUAUCCUUGUGUUUAUACAGAUUUUACUUCAAUGAAAUAUAGAAUAUGUUCUUUAAAAAAAAAAUUUAUAUAAGAUAAGGAAAAAAAAGUUUGGGAAUACUUGUUUGGGUUUUGAAUAACAUUUUAUGUCUUCCUAGUGCUUUUUAUUACAGCCACAGUAAUCAUUCACCAUGUAGGUCUAGAAGCUUCACAAUUUUGCUUGAUAUGAAAUAUAAAAUAAAAAUAAAUUUUAAAUAUUAUAACAAGAAUCAUAUUGCAAGAGCUUUCUAUGUAGGUAUUGGGGUCUGCUAAGUAAUGGCAUCUGUGCAAUAUUUAAUGUCUUGAUAUUUACUAUUUUUCAUUUUUUUUUGCUGAAAACAAGUUAUUUUCUCAUAAAAAAUACAAGGAUUUUGAAAACUAAUCAAAAGUCUUUUUCUAAUGUUGAUACAGUUGAAAAUCAUUAUCUUGCUCAUUGAUAUGUUGAAUACAUUAAGGCGUAUGUUGAAGUAAGUUGAUGAUCCAAACAUUUUUAAUGAAUAUGAAUUCGAGUUUUUGAAUCCUCAGAUUUCUACAGUGUAUAUUUUCCUUCCCCCUGUUUAAGACUUUUAGGUAUGACUGUACUGUAAAUGACUAUAUCACAGGGUAAUUUGCAAAAGUGAAGAGCUGCCAUUGUAUGAUUUUACAAACUCUAACAUCAUUUAUUUUCAUGGGAUCAAAUUUUAUCUCAUGGAAGAGAAAUUGUAGAAUAUUAAUAUGUCUUGGAAUUUAAACAUAAUUUCAUGGAGGACAUAAAUUGUGGGUCUCUUCAUACCAGAAAGAUUACCGCCCCAUGAAAAUGAAAGAUUUCACAGUGUUGUUAUAUGAGCAGUCUGAAAUGUUUUUCAGAAGUAUUGAAUACAGAGCUGUGAUAAGGAAUAAUCGUGGUGUAUUUGUUAGCAACAGUUUUGAGGGUUUUGUCUGGUUUUAACUGAAAGUGUUGUGAAUAGUAAUAAACUGCAAACAGAUAGAAUAUUGACCAAGUACUUGAAAAUUUUCUAUACAUCCCAUAAAAAAAUAUAUGAAGCUGAAAUAUAACAAAAUAUUAUUGAGUGUUUUUAAAGUGAUUUAUUUAAUAUUAUAUAUAUACACUUAGAUUUCUUCAUUUAUUUGUGUGAAACAUUUUUAAGUUUGACGUGAAAUUACAUACAUUUCAAGUUAAAUAACAA